UACACUUUCUAGGAAUUAUCAAGUUCAAUGUCCGUUGCAGCAACUUGAUCACCUUGAGGAUUUGGACUUGGAAUUACAGAUGAACCACUUUACUUUCAUACAUGAAUCUUGCUCGUUCAAAACGAAGGCCUUGGACAAUCAUUUCGGAAAUCCGGACUUUUACACUCUUACCGAAAGUCGAAACUUGCAAGUUGGCAACCUAGGAAAUGAUGACCAGACACCACAAUGCUGCCUCUAACAUAUGUGUAUAUAAGAUCCACUUGCAUCCCGUCCACUAUCGAAAUCACACAUGCAAAAUCUUGACGAACAAAUCAGUCUAGACCAUCUGUUAUACUUUUGUAUUAAAUCUGCCGCAAUCAUGACCACUAUGAAAGUUGCCCAAUUGGUGGAGCCAGGAAAGCCACUAACAACAUCCACAAUCGAAAAGCCGAUUCCAGGACCAAAGGAUGUUCUUGUCAAAGUUGAAGCUGCCUGUCUUGUUCCAAAUAGCGCCAACAUCGUGAAAAAGGGUCCGGGUCUACACUACACUUUGCCCAAGAUGCCGUGCGUUUUCGGCCUCGAUGCUGCUGGUAUCAUUGAGGCUGUAGGAAAAAAUGUUGUUGGAUUGAAGGUCGGGGAUCGAGUUUACGUUGAUCCACACAUCACUUGUGGCAACUGUAAACAAUGUCGUAAGGGUGAGUGAAACCUGUUUCUCGUGAACACCCUUCCCAUUUGCUAAACAAAAAAACAGGAAGGAGAGAGCUAUGCACCUCGGGAUGCUUGCGUGCCUAUUUCGGUACUCUAACACCAGGAGGACAGAAAAUUCUCAAGCAAUAUCCUAUUGGUUCGCUUUCACAAUACUUGCUCUCGCCUGAUGCAAAUAUUGCUGUGAUUCCUCCUUCAAUCGAUAUCAAUACUGCAGCGAGAUUUGGGUACAUUGGUACCUCCUUUGCAGGUCUCAAGAAAUGUGGAAUGGGUCCAGGAAAAACUCUCCUCAUCAAUGGUGUAACAGGUACCCUAGGGUAUGCUGCAGUAGCCAUAGGUCUAGGUCUUGGUUGCACGAAAAUCUUGGGAAUUGGAAGGAAUAAAGAACGUCUCGCUGAGGUUGAGGGAAUGGCUACGAAGGGACGUGUUGUUGUCCGUUCCACUGAAGAUGAUGGAGACAUUCUUGAAUGGAUCAAAGAACAAACAAACGGAUUUGGUACCGAUGGUCUUUACGAUUGUCUUGGUAAUGGAGGUGAUGCAAAUGGUACCAGCAAACUCAUCAGCUCGGUUAAACGUGGCGGGAGAGUAGCAUUGGCUGCUGGUGGUGUUCCAGGCGAUAUAACUCACUCUUAUGGUGAGGUUAUGACACACGAUGUUAGUGUCAAUGGCACAUUGUGGUUUACUAGUGAGGAGAUAGAUGAGGCUAUUGAGUUGAUUGGGGCGGGCGUCAUUGACUUCUCAUUUCUCCAACACAAAUUCUUCUCCUUGGACGAGGUUAAUGAUGCUUUUAAGACAGUAGGGGAUCGUCCUGGAGGAGCUAUCAACAUCAUUGUACAACCACAUGCAUAGUGCAUAUGGGGAACUCAUAGGAAUGAUUUGUAUUACUGUAACAGAAGAACGAUAAAGCAAAUACAAAACGAAUCUGUUCUAUUUUUGUCACAUCUUAUAGGAAAAGCUCUAUUCAGGGACAAUUAGUAAGAAUAAUAGCUCAAACUCCACCGUAG